UAGGGAGCGUUGAUGCACGCUGGUUUUUCGCAAAGACUUCUGAAAAAUUUUGAGAACACUCAAUUUUGGAAUUAGUAGAUUUAUACAGCAAUAGAAAAUGGUGAACGGACUAUUUAGUGAUUAGAGGGAGAAUUCAGACAACCACUGAAAUCAUUAUAUAUUGACAUCAUCACACAGUGAUAUCAUUAGUGACAUCAUCACAAAGUGACAUCAUUAGUGACAUCAUCACAAAGUGACAUCAUUAGUGACAUCAUCACAAAGUGACAUCACACAGUGACAUUAUCACAGUGGCUUCUUCACACAGUGACAUCAUCACACAGUGACAUCAUCACACAGUGACAUAAUCAAAUAAUGACAUCACAUUGUGACACCAUCACAUAGACUUAUGACAUCCCACGACAUCACGCGACAUGAUAAAACAUCAUUGUACGUCAUCACUUCACAUUUGAAUUUCUCUGUAGCUGGCGUAUUUCAGUGCAAACAGAUAUCUACCUUUGCAAGAGGUUCACAUUUCUCUGAAAAAAAUACAUUAACUUUUUGAACUUUGAAAACAAAAAGUUAAUUCAAAAUGUCGCACGUGGAAGAAUUUCAGCAGAUGGAUGUUUCCAUUGAAGAAAUGAACAACAUCACAGAGAGAAUUCUGCAGCAAAACGACACCUUGAGCAAGCAUGCUGAGGCUCUUGCCAAGGAAUUGCGAAGAAGGAAAGAUUUAGAUGCUUCAUACAAAGACAUGAAAAGAUCCUGGAAAGCUGCUCUUCAGGAAAACAAAAGACUGGUGAAGCAGGUGGAGCAUCUAAGAGUGGAAGUGGAACAGGAGAUCCACGUGGAAAAAAAUCAUGAAGAAGAGAGGCAAAGAACGUCUAAGAUCUCAGAAAGUAAUCAACAACUGAGAGCAGUAACAGACGCACUUCAGUCCAAACUUCAGCGACUGCGAGAAAUGAAAGAAGAAAUUUCUGGCUACAAGGCUGAGCAAAACAGUUU